AUGACUGCCUUUGAGAGCACAGCUACCAGCGACCAGGUGGUUGCCACCUUCGCUCCACAAGUCAAGGGCCGCACCUUUGUUAUCACCGGCGCCGGCCACCCCAGCAUCGGGAGCUCCAUCGCCACGGCGCUUGCCAAAGCAUCACCUGCUCACAUCCUCAUUGCCUCCCGCACCGCUACCAACGUCAACCCCGUCCUCGUCGCCAUCCGCGACAUCGACCCCUCUAUCAAAACAACAUUCAUCCAGGUCGACCUAUCCUAUCAUGCCUCAGUCCGGCGCGCCAGCAACGAGAUCCUGGCCGCCACCGGCUCCAAGAUCGACGUGCUCAUCAACAGCGCCGGCAACAUGGCCCUAAAGGAGUACACGGUCGACAAACAAGGCAUCGAGCUCCAAUUCUCCGUCAACCACCUCGGCCACUUCCUGCUCACCAACCUCCUGGUACCCGCACUCCUCUCCACCGCCACCACCGGCGCCACCACCACCACCACCAGCACGCGCGUCGUGAACCUCACCAGCGCCGGCUACCAAAUCUCCCCCGUGCGCUACACGGACCCCUCCUUCUCCGCCGGCUCAACCUACGACCCCUGGUCGGGCUACGGGCAGGCCAAAACCGCGCAGAUCCUGUUCGCGUACGGCCUGACGCAGCGGCUGGGUGGGCGCGGGGUCGUGGCGGUGGCGUGCCACCCGGGCUCGAACCUGGACACCAAGCUGGGCGCGCACCUGGUGAUGGAGGACUACGCGGACGUGGGGCCGGUGACGCUGCGCAACACGGGAAGGGAGUUUGCGUUUGCGGUGGGGGAUGAGCCGCGGUUUAAGACGUUUGAGCAGAUUGGGGCGACGCCGUUGAUCGCAGCGUUGGAUCCGGAGGUGGGGGCGGGGGUGGAGGGGGCCGGGGUGAUGGGGGUGCCAGUUUGUUAUUUGCAGAAUGGUCGGGUUAUGCAGCCGGUGGUGGAGCAUGCGUAUGGGGAGGCGCAUGUUGAGAAGUGCUGGGAUCUGAGUGAGGAGUUGGUUGGUCAGCGGUUUGAGUAUGGGGGUUGA